UAGACCGGUGGUUUCAGCUGCAGUAUGGGAAGGAGAAACGUUUUGAAGACUCUCCUUUCUACAGCUGUUAUUACGAAUUUAUUCUGUGGAAGUAAACCUGCCACCCCGCCUCCAUACCUGGAUAUUGAAGAGUUCUACAAAACUCUCGGACACUUAUGGAUUAUAGCGACAGCUACGGCAACUGGGCAAGCGAGCACCGCUUGUAAGUUUUACGAUGUAACAAGUGUAAAAGAUGGUAAAGUAUAUUUCGGGCGAAUAUUUUACAGGAACGGAACAAGGGUGGAAAAGCAGUUGACUGGAAUACUAACAGGCGAAAAACAUCCUGUAGUAGCACAACUUAUGAAAUACAAUAAUGUGAUGAGAGUUCAGCCUUCAGACGAAAACUUGUUUGAAGAGCGUCUACUCUACCAGAGCCGUGGAAGGGAGUGCGGCGUUUUUAACGUAAGAAGUAUAAGUCACGGAGUCCAGGUAUCAAGUGAAUUCUUUGAACUGCGGCUCUGGAAUUCGUCUGCUGUGAGCCCAUAUAAAGAGUGCCUUAAAGCUUACGCUGAACGUGUACCGAACGGAAAAGUCAUCACGACCUAUUACAAUCCCUUGUGCAAGAACAUACUUACCACGUAGAUUUCAAUGCCUUUAAGCAAGACGCACGCAGUGUGAGUUUUGUUCAGCAUAAAGCCCGAAGACCGUACUUUCCUGAACCCGAAUUGACAAAGUGUCACUCGGCUGCUUUCUGAUAACGCCUGCAAAAAAAAACACAACCUAUAAUUCGCACUCGACAGUAUUUGCUCAUGUCCUGCAAGCAUGAAUUCUGCAAUAAACACAUAC